CCUCAGCUGCCUGAGCGGCGCCAGCACCUUCCCUAGGAGCUCGCAGCAGCCGGCUGGCCCCUGCUUCACGGCAACCAUGUGCGACCGGAAGGCGGUGAUCAAAAAUGCAGACAUGUCGGAAGAGAUGCAACAGGACUCGGUGGAGUGCGCAACCCAGGCGUUGGAGAAGUACAACACAGAGAAGGAUAUUGCGGCCCAUAUCAAGAAGGAGUUUGACAAGAAGUACAACCCCACCUGGCACUGCAUUGUGGGGCGAAACUUCGAUAGUUAUGUGACACAUGAAACCAAACACUUCAUCUACUUCUACCUGUGUCAGGUGGCCAUUCUUCUGUUCAAAUCUGGUUAA